GAGUAAUAAUACUGUUCCCUUCCCUUCAAGCCAAAACCCUUGUGCUCUGCUUCUUCUUCCCUCCUCCUUCGUUUCAACAAUGGAGGCCCUGCCUCUCUCCAGGUGCCCAUCUUCUUCUACUGUAAAUUUCUGUAGUGGGUCAGUCUCAGCUCUGGGUUUCUCUGUGCCUGCCUUCAGGACAACCCACCUCACAAGGAAGAAGAUGGUCAUAAGGGCCUCAAUUGCGGUUGAACAAGAAACCCAGAAAACAAAAGUCGCUCUCGUACGGAUAGGCACGAGAGGAAGCCCACUAGCACUUGCUCAAGCUUAUGAGACUCGAGAUAAACUCAUGGCAGCACAUUCAGAGUUAGCUGAAGAAGGGGCCAUUCAGAUCGUAGUGAUAAAAACAACGGGUGAUAAAAUACUAACUCAACCACUUGCAGACAUAGGUGGGAAGGGCUUGUUUACCAAAGAAAUAGACGAGGCACUCUUAAAUGGUGAUAUUGACAUUGCUGUCCACUCAAUGAAAGAUGUUCCUACCUAUUUACCAGAUAAGACAAUUUUACCUUGCAAUCUUCCCCGGGAGGAUGUCAGAGAUGCAUUUAUUUCCUUAACUGCAGCUUCUCUAUCAGAGCUCCCAGCUGGAAGCAUUGUUGGCACUGCUUCACUCAGGAGAAAGUCACAACUACUCCAUAGAUAUAAAUCACUCAAUGUGCUGGAAAACUUCCGGGGCAAUGUCCAGACACGGUUGAGGAAACUCAAUGAAGGAGUGGUCCAAGCAACAUUAUUGGCAUUAGCUGGCCUCAAGCGGCUAAAUAUGACAGAAAAUGUGACUUCUAUUCUUUCAAUUGAUGAGAUGCUUCCAGCUGUUGCUCAGGGGGCAAUAGGAAUCGCCUGCCGAAGUAAUGAUGAUAAGAUGGCUAAUUAUUUGGCAUCAUUGAAUCAUGAGGUUACCAGAUUAGCUGUUGCAUGCGAGAGGGCCUUUCUUGAGACCUUGGAUGGUUCUUGCCGGACUCCUAUUGCAGGAUAUGCUUCUCACGAUGAGGAUGGGAAUUGCAUUUUUAAAGGGCUGGUGGCUUCCCCUGAUGGAACCAAAGUACUUGAAACAUCUAGGAAGGGCCCAUAUGCACUUGAAGAUAUGAUUAAGAUGGGAAAGGAUGCUGGCGAGGAACUUCUUUCACGGGCGGGUCCUGGUUUUUUUGAUUGUUGAGUAACAUAUUAAUAGAGUUAGAGUCAAGAAAAAAUGAGGCUUCAUGCUCAAAUCUUGGGGUUUGCAUCCAAUUAGUUCUGUCAUCCUUGUGCUGUUGUUUGUGGUAGCUAUAAUGGGAAUAAUUGUGUCUUUCAUUGUAAACUAAAACAUUGAUUAUUUACAUGAGGAUUAGAUUGUUGUCUUUCUGAGCAAAUGAAAAAGCCAAUUUUUGGUC